AUGACGGGUAUCGCAUGUACGAAAUGUGGUCAUACAGUCGACAGAACACAAGCGUCGACUCAAAUCGUAACGAAAGUCUUGACAGAUGUGUUUGCAGCCAAAGUAGCUACGGCGACAGCAGGCGGUGUUUUGGAUUCAUUCUUGGCAGGUGCUGCAACUGAAGUUGGUAUCAAAUGUCCGAAAUGUGGAGGUGUAAACUGUUUCGUGCCAAAUUAAUACCUUGUUGAAGUGAUCGAAACAAUAAAUAGGUCAUGACACUUAAGCAAGAAAACGUCAUUUUUUGUUCACUGAAAUUUUCUUUCAUAGCCAUGUUAUAGACAACGUUUCUGUCAACUGUGUAUUUGUGUAUUGUUUUUUUUUAAUCAUGAAACAAAAGAGUAUUAAAGGGUGUGGGUGUGUGGAUGUGAACAAAGAGAAUAUUGAAAUGCUCACACCCACCAAUACCCAAAUCCAUACCUCACAUCCCACACCUACAUCCUAACAAGCUUUUUCAAAUUACUUUUGAUAAAAAUAAGAUAGGGAACUGUGGUUUUCACCAUUGGAAAAGGAGCUGAAGACGCAUCGAAUCGUAUAUUCCAGAAUUUCCUGAUCUUUUUUGUAAGGUUUCCAAUCGAUCUUUUUAAGAAUAAACCUAUCUAGGGUGUGGGUGGGUGUGCGUGUGGGUGUGGAUGUGCGUGUGGGUGUGGGUGUGGGUGUGGGGGUGGGUGAGGGUGUGAGUGUGGGUGUGGGUGGGGGGUGUGGGUGGGGGGGGGGGGGGGGUGGGGGUGUGGG